GGCUGUUCUGUUGUUCUGAACCGAUUUACUUUAAUUUAUACAAUUUCAUCUUCAAAUUUCCUGAUUUUAAAGUGAAUCUAGUGAAUCUAGUGAUAUAUAAACAAGAUGGCUAUGGCAAUGCAGAAAAAAGCCAACGUCCGGCUUCCACCUGAAGUUAAUAGAAUUCUCUAUGUUCGAAAUCUUCCUUACAAGAUCACAGCUGAAGAAAUGUAUGAUAUUUUUGGUAAAUAUGGAGCUAUCAGACAAAUUAGGAUAGGAAACACGCCUGAAACAAAAGGAACAGCAUUUGUUGUUUAUGAAGAUAUUUUUGAUGCCAAAAAUGCUUGUGAUCAUCUUUCUGGUUUUAAUGUUUGCAAUCGAUAUUUAGUUGUAUUAUAUUAUCAGCCAAACAAGAUUUAUAAAUGAAGUCAUAUUCAUCAAUCAUUGGUCUUACAUCUGAAUUAAUUUUUGUACCGACAUGUCAUAUAAUUGGCUUGUCCAUCUUCUUUCUUAAAUCCAAGAGCCGAAUAAAAUCCUAUCUUCGCAUCGGAACA